UUGAGAUCAGUGAGUUUAGUGGGCUUGCAAGUUUCAACAUCUCUCUCUCUCUCUCUCUCUCUCUCUCUUGUUGGUUUGAGUCCCAUAAACUUCAUACGUUACAUUUUUCACAGAGACCUCUGUUUUCUCCCCUCUUUUCUCUCCCAAUUCCCAUUUCCAUCUCUCUCAACUUUCAAAAACCUUCAGGUACUUCACACACUAAUUCCCGAAUUCCUCUAAUGGGUUUGCUGUAAAUUCCAAGAUUUGCUGACAUUAUUCUUUACGCCAUGAAUGAACAGGUAACAAGAUCAGAAAAAAAAAAAAUGACUAACCAGACUGUGGUGGGUUUCGAUACCAAAUCCACCAUCGAAGUGGCCGUGUCGAACUUGUCGGUAGUGCCGCCUCUUCCACCGCCGCCUGGUGGGCGGCGCGUCACCAUUCCAAGAAAGAAUUUCUUUAGUAAGCUUGAAACUGGCGGCGGAGGAGCCAAGAUCCAUGCAUGGGUCGAUUCAAUGAGAGCUUCUUCUCCAACUCGUAAAUCCUCUGAAACUGAGGAAGAUCAUAUCAAAAACUCUUGGAUUCUUCAACACCCCUCCGCUUUGGACAUGUUCGAGCAGAUAGUAAAUCUAUCAAAGGGAAAACAAAUAGUAAUGUUUCUCGAUUACGAUGGCACUCUCUCGCCAAUUGUCGAAGACCCUGAUCGAGCUUUCAUGACCAAUGAGAUGAGACAAGCUGUAAGGGACGUUGCAAAGUACUUCCCUACAGCGAUAAUCAGUGGGAGGUGCAGAGCCAAGGUUUAUAACUUUGUAAGAUUAUCACAGCUUUACUAUGCUGGUAGUCAUGGCAUGGACAUCAAGGGACCAUCCAAAGGUUGCAAAUGCAGAAAUGACAAUCAAGUGGUUCCAUUUCAGCCUGCCAGAGAAUUUUUACCCAUGAUUGAUAAGGUGUACAAAGCUUUAUUAGAGAAAACCAAAUCUACCCCAGGGGCUAAAGUGGAAAACAACAAGUUCUGUAUAUCUGUACACUAUCGUUGUGUUGAUGAAACGAGUUGGACAACGUUAGCAGAACAAGUUAAAUCAGUGCUCAAUGAGUACCCAAAACUCAAAUUGAAUCAAGGAAGAAAGGUUUUGGAGAUUCGUCCAAUCAUCAAAUGGGACAAAGGAAAAGCCCUCGAAUACUUGUUAGAAUCACUAGGUUAUGCGAAUUCUGAUAAUGUUUUGCCGGUGUAUAUUGGAGAUGAUCGAACUGAUGAGGAUGCAUUUAAGGUGUUGCGCGAUAGAGGACAAGGGUUUGGCAUACUUGUGACCAAAGCACCAAAAGAAACUAAUGCCUCUUAUUCUUUGCAAGAACCUUCCGAGGUUAUGCAUUUUUUGCGACGUUUGGUAGAGGGGAAACAAUCUUUACUAUGAGUUCAUUAGAGGGUAAAAGACAGAAAAAAAUAACCCUAUUCCCAAAAAUAAAUUUCCUUCUUUUUGCUGUGAUAUCCCAUCGUUGAAAAUUUUGUUAGAGGUGGGUUUGAUAUUAUGUAAUUUUAUUGUCCAGAUCAAAGUAGAGAGGAAAAAAGAAAAAAAAAAUGUAAUUUAAAAAAACAAAAAAAAA